AAUAUUUAAAAAAAAAAAAUACUUGUUAUCACAUUCCAAGUACUUGUGUCUAACCCUCAGAAAAAUGUAUAUAAAUUAUUGUUUCAAUUAAAUUCUUUAAUUAAUAAAGUUCAUCUCGUACAUAAUUAUCCAAAGAGCUCUUAAAACCACAUAUUAAUUGCAUCAUAUAUAAAACAGUAAAAACGUACAAAUUUAAUUAAACAUAAGAAAGAAUAAAAAAAAAUAAAAUUAAAACGAAAAAUUGUUUUAAAAAUUUUCCUUGACUUCAAAAUGCUUAACAAUGUGUUUGUGGUUUAGCUUUUCAUCAACACAUUUUUGUGCCUAUUAAUGCUUAAAUAAAUUAAUUAUUUUCAAGCCAAAUUUAUCUGUUUAGUUAUAUUUAAUAGAAUAUUUUCUGUUAUUAAAUUAACAAAGAAAAAAAUACGCUUUAUAAAAUACAGAGCCAACUAAAUAGUAUUUGUUUUAAUCGUCAUUGCAAAAACAAAAACACAAACAGCGGGAACAUCAUCACUGUUGUCAUCAUGAAACGUAAAAUGAUGAUAUUUUGCCAUCACAAUGGCAGCUAUAGAUUUUUUGCAUUGCUGUUAUGGUUGUCGUUGUUUUUAAUUUUAAUUAGUGUAUCCUGUGUGUCAGGUGCACGUCAUGAUCGUCAGAAAUCAACAAAUAUGGAAGCAAAAGUCGGCUCAUAUGCCGUUUUUAAUUGUUAUAUUGAUUUUCCAUACGAUUCUCCCAUACCCUAUGUGGUGCACUGGAGCAAAGAUGAUAAAAAAAUCUAUACCUGGUAUGAAGGUGAGGCAUCAGCAAAUGAAUUGUAUAAUGGACGCUUAAAUCUCAUUACGAAUCAUGAUGAUUAUGGUAAGGCAACGGCAAAUUUAACAGCAAUACGUGAAUCAGAUCAGGGUUGGUAUCACUGCCAAAUAGUUUUUCCCAAUCGUACACCGAGUAUACGCAAUAACGGUACAUGGUAUUAUCUGACCGUACAAGGUGGCUCUCUAAUAAAAAUACCACCAGUGAAUCAAACAAUUAUGGAAGGACAGACAGCAUUCUUUCAUUGUGUCAUGAAAUAUCCAAAUACAUCAGAGACCGUUUGGUAUAAGGAUGGAGUUUUACUGCAAGAUAUACCCGAUCUAAUACAUCGUUCACGUUUGAGUCCACAAGGCAGUUUAAGUAUUGAUCCAACUAUGAUGAGUGAUUAUGGUGAAUAUGAAUGUCAUGUGCGCAGUAAUGAUGAUGAAGUCCAAACCGCCAAAGCAUUUCUAAAUAUACAAUAUAAAGCCAAAGUAAUUUAUGCACCACCAGAGGUUUAUUUACCAUACGGUCAGCCAGCAGUUUUAGAUUGUCAUUUUCGUGCGAAUCCACCAUUAAAGAAUCUUAGAUGGGAAAAAGAUGGACUACUCUUUGAUUCAUACAAUGUACCAGGUGUAUUCUAUAAAAUGAAUGGCAGUUUAUUCUUUUCAAAAGUUGAUGAAUCACAUGCUGGCAGUUAUACAUGUACGCCAUACAAUGAUCUGGGUACCGAUGGUCCAUCACCUGUCAUUAAUGUAAUUGUUUUGCGACCACCAAUAUUCACAAUAACACCGAAAGCAAUUUACAUACAGAAAUUAGGUGAAACGACUGAAUUGCCAUGUCAAGCCAUCGAUCGAGAUGGCACUAAUCAUCCGUCUAUUGAUUGGAAAAAGAAGGAUGGUUCGGCCUUGCCCGAAGAACGUGCCACAGUUAAAGAUGGUACUUUGACCAUAACAAAUCUCAUUGAAACGGAUCGUGGUAUGUACGAAUGUGUGGCAACUAAUGAAGCAGCUACUAUAACAGCGGAAACAGAAUUAAUGAUUGAGAAUAUAUCCCCAAGGCCACCAUAUAAUUUAACAGCAAAUAGUACGGAAACAAGCAUAACCAUACGCUGGCUACCAGGGUACUUACGGCCCAAUCUCGAAUAUACUGUUUGGUAUCGUCUAACGGAUGCACCAGAAUGGCGCACAAUGCGUAUCGUACAAAAGAACGUUAUGGAAGCAACAAUACAGCAUCUGCAGCCGGAACGCGAAUAUGAAUUUAUGGUACUGAGCCAGGAUAAAUAUGGCGAUGGCAUGUUCAGCAAACAAUUUCGAUUUUCAACGCAACCUUCAUCGAAAGUAACAGCAGUUGAAGAUAAUGUUGGCGCCGUGGAGUCUACCAGAGUGGAAUACACACAGCAUCACGAAACCAGUAGCAGCGAUAGCAACAACAACAACAACAAUCAUUUACCAAGUACGGGUAGCUUAAGUGCACCCUGGAAUUUAAGUGCCAUUAAUAAUCAACAAGGUUGGCUACUACACUGGGAGCAUCCACAGCAAGGGUUGGAUAUGUUACGCCUUUAUACGGUGCGCUGGUGGAAGGAACCGGAACAUCAUCUGGUUGGCACAGUCGAAACAUUUGACAAUUUCUAUCAAUUGCGACACCUCAAAGAGGAUUCGACAUUCAAAGUACGUGUACUGGCCAUUUCCGCCGAUGGCGACCAAGUGCCGAGUGGUGAAUUAAUAAUUGAAGUGCCAUCACAGCGUAAAAUGCGUGCUCUGCUAAUUGGCAGCUCAAUAGGUGUCGCCUUUCUUUUGUGUGCACUGGUGGCCUUUUUGUAUGUGAAACGCAGCUGUUUGCUGCAUUUGUUUACCGGCGAUAUUGGCAGUGCUGGCAAAGAUGUUGGCAUUAAUGAUGGCUCCAUUGAGGAUGGCUGUGACAGCAGUGAACACACACACGAUACAGAAAAGAUAAAUAAUACCUGAGUGUACGAGAUAACGUGGCGGUUUCAGAAUUAAUACGUAAAAAAUAAAUUAAUUACGAAUUUCCA